AUGGCUCGAAAGGCGGACGCGAAGCGUUCCCGUCUUCCUGUAGGGGUGCAACGGAAGGGGCCCCAGCUGCGGAUCAAUGCCCUGACACAUCUCCUUCAGGCUGUCCCCGUCCCCCCUGAGGAGUCUGCGGGGGAGGAGGCCGGACAGGCCUUGGGAGGUAAGGCCCUUCGAAGCCGUCUCGCCGCAAUGGGGCACGCCAUGCUUCUUCUUGCGCACGUUGAACGCGCACAGCAGGGCGCAGCAUCCCCUCAACGGGCGGCCCCCAGCGUGAAGCUGAGCCGGCGCUGGAUAGAGGCCGUCACUUAUUACUGUGGGGUGAGCGUAGGCAUGGACGACGUCGCCAAGGUUGCCGCAGCGUUCCCGCGCUGGAUGCGUGUGAAAUGGGGGGUGGAGGAAGCGGCAAAUGGGCUUGCUCGGAGUCAAGGCCUUCGGCCGCGGGGGACCAAUUUUGGCGAAGCAGAUUCGCACCCCGCGGCCUCAGCAGGGGGCAGCAUGGAAAAACAGUGCAUGGGGGGUCCGAUGCCAGCCGCAGAAGAGCUUACGGCGAGAUUUUACAUACUGGCUUCUCAUGUUCCUUCCAUUGAGGAGGCUAGCACCGAACUCCAGAACUUUCUUCGUGCCAAAGACGCGUCCGAAUCAAAGAACUGGCUUGACAAAAUCGUUCAAUAUCGGGCUCUCGACGCGUACACGGAGCAGCAGCUUGAAGAGUUCCCUGGUGGCCCAAGCCCAAGUGCCCAUACCCAGGCAUCUCUUGGUGAUAUACCGGUGCAAUCAAAGAAGGAUGAAAAGAAGAGGGAGGCCCCUGCACCCUCCGUGGAUGCACCGGACCCAGGAAGAGGAGGAACCUUUACGGUCUCUUCACCUUCCCCAUGCAUGCCCCCACAGUUCUUGGACUUUGCCCCGAGUGAACCCCCACACAACGAUCAUGACGAGGACGAUGUGGCGUUGCUUACUAUGCUCUCCCCGCAGCUGAAGGCCUCUUUGUCUGCCGCAAAGCUAAAAGAGGUGCUGCGAUUUAUGAAAAGGGAAGCCACUAAUGCCGCAGCGGAGGAACUUUCCAGGAUUGAGAAGAAACAGGAGGAGGAGCGUUUACUGAACACCUAUGCACACCUACGAUCCCUUUUUGGACGGGGAAAGACGGAGCUGAAUGCUGCACGUCUCCUUGAGCGCCUAGCGACGGAAAGUCUCUUUGAAGAUCAUCCUCACGUUCUCUCACAGCUAUCGUUGCUCUUGAAUCGCAGAGGCUCCGGGUUGAGCGCGGUGACUCUAUCGCAGAGUGAGGAUUGUGUUGUGAACAGUCCUACAGGUGGUCCAGUUGCCCCGUUGAGAAAAGUGGAUGACUUGGACAGGCUUACAGCAGAUGAAUUAGAAAACACAUUGGUGCAGUUGGAUCGCACUAAAGCUUUUCUAAAGACUUCGUAG